AUGGCGCUCUUCACUAUCGACACGAUUGUCGCCCUUUGCAAGUGGACCAUCCUCCAUCCGGUGUUGAGUCUUGCCUACUUGGUAGCCCUCGGAUGCGAUGUUCACGGCUGCAAAACGUCCAACGAAUGGGUUUGGGAUGCACUCAAGGCAAGUAAGGCCCUGCUUCCGGAUGACGAACGCCAACGACUGUCGUUGGGCGCAGCAGCUCUGGUCGUUCUGAUGGGAUGGUGGCUGGUCCUCUCCUCUCAUUUAUGGUACAAUCGCACAUAUCUCCGAUCUAUCAGCAAGAGCGACUGGAAGGACGAGCUUAUUGUCAUCACUGGAGGUGCCUCAGGCAUCGGAUAUCGCACUGCCGUCCGCUUCGCAUCGAAGGGCGCCAAGGUGGUCGUCAUCGACAUACAGAAGCUUCCCGCUGUCGACGCGCAGUCCAAGAUCGACUCCUCAGCUCGCGGCAAUAUAUCGGCCUACAACUGCGAUCUGGCCACCGAAGAUGCGCUCGCCAAGGUGCUCAAGUCGAUCCUGGCGAUCCACGGCACGCCGACCGUGCUGAUCAACAAUGCCGGCUUCACCCACUCGCAGCCCAUCACUCAGCUUUCGACCCCGCAACUCUCGCGUCUGAUCAACGUCAACCUCACAUCCCAUCUAUGGAUGCUCGGCCAUCUGCUUCCGAGCAUGAUCGAGCGAGCGAAGAAGGAUCGCAAGCCUGGCCACAUUGUCUCGACCGCCUCGGUUAUGGGUCACACCGGUGUAUCGCAGAUGGUUGAUUACUGCGCUUCGAAGCAUGGCGUCGUUGGUCUACACAAAGCGUUGAGGUAUGAGCUCGACUACUGCUAUCGCUGUCCGCAGAUCCGUACCACGCUAGUCGUACUGGGCCAUGUCAAGACAAAGCUGUUCGAAGGGAUGCCCGCCAACUUGCUUGCUCGCUUCCUGGGGCCAACAGUCGAGCCGGAUGCAGUCGCCAAGAGAAUCGUGAAGACCGUGCAACGGAGACGUGGAGGGACAAUAGCCAUGCCAUGGUAUGCCAAUUGGUCCGAGGUGUUUGCCCUUCUGCCAAGCUGGGCGACCGACCUUGCGCACUGGUUGCUGGCGGCGAAUACCAGCAUGGAUGGUAUGAACCGGGCGCGACAGAAGCAACUAUAA